ACAAACAAAAAAAGAGCCGAUGCAAUUAUCAGAGAAGUAAGUCUUCGGGGAGCCUCUCAGCAGGAGGUCUCGACGCUUUUCCGACCAUGCUACCGCUGACGGGCUGAUGGAUUUCAUCUUCCUGUGUAACUUUGACAUCUUCAAAGGUAUGACGGACAAACGCUGAAGUGACCCGAAACGUCCCCCCACCCCGACUCCCUCUGGUCGUCAGGAGGGAGUUAAUGAAGAAAUCUGAAGGUGUCAAACGGGUUGUGAACCUUAGUCGAUGGAUUUGUCACCUUUAAUUCAAGAGUUUUUCACCUGUACUUUCUCCGUAGGCUAGAAACGUGGAAGCAUGGGCGACUGGAGUUUUCUGGGGCGGCUGCUGGAGAAUGCUCAGGAGCACUCAACAGUCAUCGGCAAAGUCUGGCUGACCGUCCUCUUCAUCUUCAGGAUCCUGGUGCUCGGCGCCGCGGCCGAGGAGGUCUGGGGCGACGAGCAGUCCGACUUCACCUGCAACACCCAGCAGCCCGGCUGCGAGAACGUCUGCUACGACGAGGCCUUCCCCAUCUCGCACAUCCGCUUCUGGGUGCUGCAGAUCAUCUUYGUGUCCACGCCGACCCUCAUCUACCUGGGCCACGUGCUGCACAUCGUCCGCAUGGAGGAGAAGCGGAAGGAGAAGGAGGAGGAGAUGCGCAAAGCGAACAAGUUCCAAGAGGAGAAGGAACUCCUUUACAGAAACGGCGGCGAUGCCGGAGGCGGCGGAAAGAAGGAGAAGCCGCCCAUCAGAGACGAGCACGGCAAAAUCCGCAUCAGAGGUGCGCUGCUGCGCACUUACGUGUUCAAUAUUAUUUUCAAGACCCUGUUUGAAGUGGGUUUCAUUUUGGGCCAGUAUUUCCUGUAUGGCUUCCAGCUGAGGCCCCUCUACAAAUGCGCACGUUGGCCGUGCCCCAACACUGUUGACUGCUUCAUAUCAAGGCCCACUGAAAAGACCAUUUUUAUUAUAUUUAUGCUUGUGGUGGCUUGCGUGUCUCUUUUGCUGAAUUUGUUAGAGAUCUAUCACCUCGGAUGGAAGAAACUCAAGCAGGGCAUGACGAACGAGUUCGUCCCCGACAGCGAGUCGCUGCAGCGCGCCAAAGCUCAAGAACCUCAGUGUUUGGCCUCGGCCUCCAGAACUGUCCCAUCCAGCCUCAGCUACCCUCCCAACUACAUAGACGUGACAGCAGGCAGCGGGGCGUUCCUGCCAYCUGUAAGGCCGGCGACGAUGGCUUCAGCGGCGGAGUUCAAGAUGGGUGACCUCCAGCAGGAAGAUUCCCUUCAGCAGUCUUCUUCGCCUUCUCGGUACUACAUCAGCAACAACCACAGGCUGGCCACACAGCAGAACUGGGCCAACCUGGCCACCGAGCAGCAGACUCGGGAGAUGGGUUCCCCUUCGCCAUCCUCGUCUUCUUCUGCCAACAAUGAGAACGAACAGCAGCAGACGCCGGCUGGUGCUGCGCUGCUUCUUCCCAGCRACAACACCAACAGCAAUGCCAACACCACCACCAACGCCGCCUCAGGCAGCAAUGGCGGCAGCAGCCCAGCCAUCGACAGAGGCGGCGGAGGAGUCGACAACGYGCAGGAGGAGGUCCACCGCACCAUCACAACUGUGGAGAUGCAUGAGCCUCCGCUCAUGGCCAGCACAGAUCCUCGGCGGCUCAGCCGGGCGAGCAAGAGCAGCAACGUCAGGGCCAGGCCAAGCGACCUGGCUGUCUAGAAGCGCCCUUUAGUGUCCCCCAACAGCACCUCUGGCUUCCCUCUACCACRCCCUCAAACAAUGUGAUUGUUAAAAAAGCAAGAAAAGCAAUACAUACUUGCUUUAUGUAGGAUCAAGAUCUAAGAAAAAUGCAAAAAGACAAAGUAACAAGAGGCAGGAAGGCAAAUCAGCAUAAAAUGUAGCUGCUAGUUUGGAAUCACUUCCCCAGACAGAAGGGUCCCACUUCACCCGUCGCUCCCAAGCCCAACCAAUCCAAGUCCUGUUCUGGCUUUCAGAUAUUUGAUCCCUUGGCCUAACACAAACUUAUCAAUUGUCAACCUUAAACACAAACUAAAUUUACUAGUCAUUAGCUAUGACAGACAGGUUUUCAUUUGUAAGUGUGGCAGCUGCCACCAUGUGAGAACCGGGAAAGGUUUCGGACUCCGGGGACUCAGGAUGGUGUUGAGAGUCUUGGGUCAAAUACUGUCGCGCCCAGCUGCAGCCUUUUACUGCAUUCGGUGAGUUGUAGAGCUGCUUCUGUAAGGUUUGAUAGGACUGUGCACAAAAAAUAUGAUCAUACCUUUUAACAAAAAACAGAAGGUAAAAUGUUAUGUUGUUAAAGGUAAAUUUUAGCAACUUGGUUUGGUGGAAAGACUUAUUUGUUGGMGCAAACUGACAUAUUUUCCUAAUGUAUGUGUCAAGACAAUAAGAUUCUUACGAUAAAUACCACUGUGUCCAAGUCAUCUAAAGUUGGUUAAUAGCUUGGCUAUCUGUUCAGGUAGCAAGCCUAUCCGCUCAGCCGCUUUAGACAUGCCACUUAUUGUCGUUUCAGAACAGAACUGAAUUCAUAAGAGGGAUUGCUGGUGCUAUUUCA